ACAGCCAUUUUGCCUAUAAAAACCAUUCGCGAGCAUUAAUUGCGUGAAGUGUAUACCAUUUAGGCAGAGGAAUGUGCCGACUAACCCGAUUCGUUCUUUUUUAUUCAGCAGUGACUGCCGUAUGGAGCGGUUCUCUAGUCAAUACCUGGGAGGCAGAACAUUUGAAAUACAACCCCGACUUCGUAGAAGGAGACAUUAGGGGAGUGGAACCUGGAAAUAAGCCAAGGAACGCGAUCCGUGAUCCCAACUUACUCUGGCCCGGUGGUGUUGUUCACUAUGCCUUCGAUAGUGAAUAUAGCUUGAGUGAACGUGCCAUCUUUGAGGACGUCUUUAAUCUGUACGCAGCCAAUUCCUGUAUCAGAUUUGUAGAGAGAACAACACAGCAGGACUACGUGUCCAUUCAGAAGACGGGUACCGGAUGCAACAGCUACGUCGGCAGGAUUGGAGGAGCUCAAGUCCUUUCGCUUGAUUCGGCGUGUUUACGCUGCACGGUUUCUGGAUGUUCGGUUCCUGGAACACCAGUUCACGAGUUCUUGCACGCACUUGGCUUCCAACAUGAGCACUGCCGCACGGAUCGCGAUGAUUACGUUACCAUAAACUGGGCCAACAUUCAACCUGGAUUAGAAGGGGCUUUUGAAAAAUACGAUCAAACUCAAAUCCAGCAUCUUGCUAACUAUGACUACGCAUCCGUCAUGCACUAUGAACCGUACGCGUUCGCCGUCGAUCCAUCUGUCCCAACGAUCAUCGUACCUAGCGGUGUAAUCAUCGGGAAGACGGACGGCUUCAGCGAGGUUGACAAGGUCGAGUUAAAUGCCCUGUACGGGUGUUCAGGUGUCAGUGAAUAAAUGAUGUUAUUGUUCACCUGAAAACGUUAAGCUGGUUCAAUAUUAAGUUGAGUUUUCGGGUGCCAUGGCGCAAGUGGCCGUUUAAAAUUAACCUUUAAAUACAUUCUUUGCCUUGCCAAUCCAAUCCUUUGCCUUGUUUAAAAUACGGUCUUUAAGUUUUGGUUUUAUUUCUUUUUCUCUGUCUUUUUUUUGAUUUCUUUCCGCUUCGUUUCGUUUUGCUUCUAUUUCUUUUCUUUCCUUUUCCGCCUCCUUCCGUUUUUCUUCCAUUUCUCUUUCUUCCUUUUUCUUUCUUUCCGCCUCCUCCCGUUUCUCCUUUCUUUCUCUAUUUUCCUUUUCCUUUCUUUCGGCUUCUUUCUGUUUCUCUUCUGCUUUUUUUUCUUCCUUUUCCUUUCUUUCCGCCUCCUUUCGUUUCUCUUCUUGUUUUCUUCUUUCCUCUUUCUUUCUUUCCGCCUCUUUCCGUUUCUCUUCUCUUUCUGUUUCCUUUCUUUCUGCUUCUUUCCGUUUCUUUUCUCUUUCUCUGUUUUCCUUUUCCUUUUUCUCCGUCUGUUUUCGUUUUGCCUCUUUUUCUCUUUCUUCCUUUUUCUUUCUUUCCGCCUCCUUCCGUUUCUCUUCUCGUUCUUGUUUUUCCUUUUUCUUUCUCUCUGCUUCCUUCCGUUUCUUUUCUCUCUCUCUGUUCUCCUUUUCCUUUUUCUCCGCCUGUUUUCGUUUUGCUUCUUUUUCUCUUUCUUCCUUUUUUCCCCUUUCUACCUCUUUUUGUCGCGCCUCUUUCUCCGUUUCUGCUUGUUUCUUUAUUUCCGCCUUUUUUCGUUUUUCUUCUUGUUCUCUGUUUGCCUUCUCCUUUGCUUCCGCUUCUUUGCGUACCUUUUCCUUGUUUUCCGCCUCAAUCCGGGUUCUUUUUUUUUCCUCUUCUUCCGCUUUCUUUUUAUCCACCUCUUUUUGUCGCUCUUCUUUUUCCAUUUCUUUCGCCGUUUUCGUAUCCGCAUCUCUUUUCUUCUCCUCUUGUUCUUUGUCGCCUUUUGUCUCUUUCCCUGCGCUCACCUCCUCUUGUUUUCGGUUUGGAUUUUUUCCCUCUUCUUCCGUCCCUAUUCCGCUUAAUUUUUUUGCUUUUCCUUUCCCUUGAGGAUCGAAUCCCUGCGCUACUGAACCGAGAACGGCAAGAGCUGCUAGAUCAUCCAGGCCCAGCUUCACCCCAGAAAAAGCCUUAAACGUCACUCCAGGACAUUCGUACAAUGCAUUAAGCUUCGCCAAAUGCAGCUGUAUAACAAAUCGAAAAAGAAACAAUUUUCAAGAAGCUAAUUCUAUUUUUUUUAAUUUCAAAACUUUCAUUCGUACUUCGUGGUCAACGGAGACUUCAUCCCUUGCAUUCGUAGUCGCGAUGUGGGGAUGCGCUAGUUCGUGCGUUCCGUUUUGCGCUGUGGAUUCUUUUCAUGUCAUGAGCCCAAAAGAAAUGUUAAUGCUGAAUUACAAAGUCAUGUAGGUUAAAAUCAAUCGGAUGAAUAUGAAAUGCAUAUUAAAGCUGGUCAAUGUCAUAAGAGAUUUUGAAUGUGUAUAGGUACCUGUUGCGUAGCUUUAGAAAUGAGUUUUUUUUUGCAUUUUGUUAUCAGUAAAUAACCUACGCCGUUAUAAACUUAUCACUAGUAA